AUGAACUUAGGCAUCUAUGGCGAACCAGGCUACCUCUCCCUUCACGCCAGACUCCAUAGCUUGCUGGGAGAAGUUGCAGUCGGCGGCGGAGAUAAUGCCACGGCGGAGGCCGGUGGGGAUGACUCGGCCAGGGAGGACAACCUACAGGGAAAGCGGGAUCUCUCCGGCUUCUUCUCCCCCUGCCUCCAGAUAAUCCAUGGCGAGGCGGCGCCGGACGCCGGCGUCUACUGCAGCGGCCUGCCGCUGUUUCUGGCGGCGAAUUGCCAGGAACGGCAGGCGGUGGCGGCGUUCGAUCUGCCUCCGGUACAGAUGGAUCUCGGCAACCAGCAAGAGUACGGCCUGUUCCCUUGCUCGGCAGCGGCUCUCAGCGGAGGCUACAUCGGCCACUCGUCGAGUCCUCUGCUAGGGUUCUGGCCGGAGAUGGAGAUGGAGAUGGAGAUGGCGAUCGAGAAGAGGAGGGGAGACACCAAGGGCAACAACACGACGGAGAAGCAGAGGAGAGGGAAGAUGUCUGAGAAGUUCAGUCUUCUCCGUUCUCUGAUCCCUCACCCAAGGAAGGUGAGCCGCCAUCUCUCUCUCUCUCUCUCUCUCUCUCUCUCUCUCUCUCUCUCUCUCUCUCUCUCGCUCGCUCGCUCGCUCUACUGAAUCACCGAGUCGGGUUCUUCGGCAGCACGACAGGGCGUCGAUCGUGGCGGAGGCGACGGAGUACAUCAAGGAACUCCUGAGGACGGUCGAGGAACUGCAAACCUUGCUGGCGGCGAGGCGGCGGAGGGUGGAGGAAUGGAGGAAUCCCACGGCGGCGCGCGGUGGCGGCGGCCACCCCCCCCCGCGGUGCUCGUGGGUGCAGAGGCGGCUGCGGGGGAUUUCCGUCGACGUCCGCAUCGUCGAGGACGAGGUGGUCGUUAGGCUGCUCCGCCGCGGUGGGACCCACUGCCUCCUCCUCCUCAGCCGGGCCCUCCUUGACCUCCAGCUCGACCUCCUCCACCUCGCCGCCGGCAACAUCGGCGACUCCCACGUCAUCGUUAUCAACUGCAAGGUCUUCUCCUUUCCCUCUCUCUCUCUCUCUCUCUCUCUCUCUCUCUCUCUCUCUCCUCCUCUCUGUGUUCCUUCUACUGAUGCUCUCUUUCUCUCCUUUUUUCCUCUCUUUCUCUCUCUACGGACAGAUAGAGGAGAGUUCUUCAGUGUACGGAAGCGCCAUAGCCAAGAAGCUCGUUGAGGCGCUGGAAGGAACGGCCCCUGUAGCUCCCUUCUAG